AUGGCCGAGAACGCAGCAAAACGCCUCAAGACCGGCGACGCCCCGGUCACCAUCGGCACCCACAACGGCCACUUCCACGCCGACGAGGCCCUCGCCGUCCACAUGCUGCGCCGGCACGUCCCGACCUACGCGGGCGCCGCCCUCGUCCGCACCCGCGACCCGGCCCGCCUCGACGCCUGCCACACCGUCGUCGACGUCGGCGGCGUCUACGCCCCCGAGGCCAACCGCUUCGACCACCACCAGCGCACCUUCGCCACCACUUUCCCCGGCCGCCAGACCAAGCUGUCCUCCGCGGGCCUCGUGUACAUGCACUUUGGCCGCGAGAUCAUCGCGCGCCGGCUCGGCCGCGAGCAGCAGCAGCAGCAGCAGGCGGGAGACGACGCCGAGGUCGACGUGCUCUACCGCAAGAUCUACGAGAACUUCGUCGAGGCCCUCGACGCCCACGACAACGGCGUCUCCGCCUACGACCCCGCCGCCGUCUCCGCCGCGGGCCUGGCCAAGGCCUUCUCCGACGGCGGCUUCACCCUCGGCGCCAUGGUGGGCCGCCUGAACCCCAACUGGAACGACCCCCGGCCCGCGGACCCGGCCGCCGCCCAGGCCGCCGAGGACGCGCGCUUCGAGGCCGCCAGCGCCCGCAUCGGCGAGGAGUUCGACCGCGACCUCGACUACUACACCCAGUCGUGGCUGCCCGCGCGGUCCAUCGUCGCCGAGGCCUUUGCGCAGCGGGGGCGGCACGACGAGCGCGGCCGCAUCAUGGUGUUCGAGGGCCAGUCCGUGCCCUGGAAGGACCACCUGUACACCCUCGAGGGCGAGGCCGGGCCCGGGUCCGAGGUCGUCGUCUACGUGCUGUACCCGGAGGGCACGGCUCCCGACUCCAAGUGGCGCGUGCAGUGCGUGCCCGUGACCAAGGACUCGUUCCAGAGCAGGAAGCCGCUCCCCGAGGCGUGGAGGGGCUUCCGCGACGAGAAGCUCGACGAGAUUUCGGGGAUCCCCGGGUGCGUCUUUGUGCAUGCUGCUGGCUUCAUCGGAGGCAACAAGACCUUUGACGGCGCGCUAGCGAUGGCCAAGAAGGGUCUUGAGCUAUAG